UCCGCCGCAAGCCGUCAGAAUGAAGGUGACGGUGCAGUUCGGCCGCACGGCGAUUGUCGUGCCUUGUGGGGAUGGGACCCUCAGCGUCCAACAACUCAUUCACCAGGCCGUCCAGAGAUACUGCAAGAAUACUGCCAAGGAUGCCGGAUAUUCGAUUAAGAUUCACCAUUUGGAAUAUACAGAUGGAGGGAUACUAGAUCCAGAUGACGUUCUGAUUGAUGUAGUAGAAGACAAAGAUAAGCUUGUUGCCGUGUAUGAAGAACAAGAGGCGCAGCGUGCAGAUGAAGUCGCUGAUGGCAGUGCGAGUGACAGACAUAGUCCAGAUACGUUUGAGAGUGAGCUUGCAGCACAGCUUGCGGCUUUUCAGCCCAUUACAGGAGAAAUCGAAGUUACCCCCUCAGCACUGAAAGCCAGCACGCCACUUCUAGUACGGCGAAGCAGUGACCCAGCUCUUGUACCACCUGCUCAGUUCCAGCAAGGUGCAUCUCAACCUGAUGAUCCCACUAACAGGAACCUGCUUGUGAAGCCAAUCAUAACAGGAGUGAACUGGGCACCCACAGAUGAUGUAAGAACAGACCCUUCAGGACCACCAGACAAGCAUUCAAAAAGCACUUUAAGUGAUUUGACAAAGAAGGUAGAGUUUUCUGGAGACGGCGGCCCCCUGGGAAUCCAUGUGGUGCCCUUUAACUCUACGCUGAGUGGAAGAUUCCUUGGCCUGAGUAUUCGUGGUAUUGAAGAGAACAGCCGUUCAAGAAAAGAGAAUCUGCUCCAAGAGAAUGAGUAUAUCAUCAAAAUAAAUGACAGUGAUUUAACAGACAAGACCUUCGUUCAAGCACAAGAGGUCUUUCGAAAUGCAUUACAAUUUCCUGCUGUUGAACUCCAAAUAGUUCCAAGUUAUAACAGGGAACAAUAUGAAAAAUUUGCAAUUGGGUCUAUUCUGAGCCACGUUCGUGAGGAUGAUUCAAAAAUUAAAGUUCCUUCUUCAAUGCGUUCCAAGCCAGCGGGCAAACCAACAGAUCUGGUUUAUCCCAAUAAUGCUGAGAAUAGCUCACCGUCGAUUUCAAAGAAGCUCAGUAGCCCAAAACAGUUGAGGAGCAAUAACCACUUCACGUAUUCCAGGAAAGCAUCCUCCCCAACAUCACUCGGGGGACUUGGGACCAAGAAACAAGGAAAAAAGAUCAAAAUUGAUUUAAAAAAAGGUUCAGAAGGUCUUGGGUUCACAGUGGUCACCAGAGAGUCAACUGUACAUGGACCUGGUCCCAUUUUGGUCAAAAAUAUUCUUCCGAGAGGAGCAGCAGUUAAAGAUGGGAGACUGCAGUCUGGAGACAGGAUCUUAGAGGUGAAUGGCAUUGAUAUCGUGGGGAAGACUCAGGAGGAACUGGUUGGAAUGCUGCGUGGUACUAAACAUGGAGAGACUGUUUCACUUGUGGUUGCACGUCAAGAAGAUGUCUUCAUACCCCGAGAAUUGAAGGGGGAACAGAACUGUAACCUUCCAGCAGAUGAUAGAAAGGAGCACCUGACGUUUGAGAUCCCACUCAAUGACUCUGGUUCUGCUGGACUGGGCAUCAGCCUUAAAGGAAACAAAUCAAAAGAGACUGGAGCUGACCUUGGCAUAUUCAUUAAGGCUAUUCUUCACGGAGGGGCAGCUUUCAAGGACGGGCGCCUGCGUAUCAAUGAUCAGCUGAUUGCAGUGAACAGUGAACAACUGCUGGAUAAAUCUAACCACGAGGCCUUGGAAACAUUGCGACGAUCCAUGUCCAUGGAGGGGAACAUCCGAGGAAUGAUCAAGGUGAUGGUGGCCAGGAGGAUGGAGAAUCCCCAAGAGGAUCGUCUGGAGAUUGGUGUUAUGCAGGUCCACAAUUCCCACAGCAGUAACAGUCCAAGACAAAUGCAUACUCAGUCACCUGAUCCUCGAGAGAGGGACUCAUUAGUAUAUGAUGAGGGAGAAGUUGAAGUUCCACCUCCCAUUCCACCACAUCCAGAAGAGGAAGCCAUGGGUGUGCACAAAAUGCGGUUGUUUCAUGAAGAUAAGAGCUUAGAGCUCAAUUCCUCUUCCCAACUGCAGCAGCAGAGACCUCCGGAUGGAGCUUUAGAAAGUCAGUCUGGUGUCGUUGCCAAGAGGCAGUCUCCCGGAAAAAUCAGUGGCUCCAAGAGCAUGGAUUUGGUGGCAGAUGAGAGUAAUGUUGGAUCCCUGGCAGUGUACCAAUAUGAUUCCAUAGGGAAAGAUGUGGGUCCUAUGCUAGGUUUGAAGAAGUCUAGCUCACUUGAGAGUUUGCAGACAGCCGUUGCAGAGGUCAGGAAGAAUGAACUCCCCUUCCACAGACCCCGACCUCACAUGGUCCGUGGCCGAGGCUGCAACGAGAGCUUCAGGGCUGCAAUUGACAAGUCUUAUGAUGGACCAGAAAUUCCAGAUGAUGCAGAUUCUGAAGACAGCUCCCAAUCAGGCCAUGAGACCCCGGGCAGUGAGUCCGCAUUACAGGGGACCGCUGAGCUCGAAGACGCAGAGAGCUCUGACAGUAAGACAAAGAAAGGGAAGAAGAAGAAAGACAAGAAAAAAAAGGUGAAAACAAAAGCAAAGGAAAAAGACAAAAAGAAGGAAAGUGAGACUCAAGAAAAGAAAGCCAAGAAGAAGGGAUUUGGAGCUAUGCUUAGGUUUGGUAAGAAAAAGGAAGACAAAGGGAAGGAACAAAAGACCAAGCAAAAAAAUGAUGCCCUGAAUGAAGAAGAGCUGGAGAGAAUGAAAGAAGAACGUGACAGGAUUGAAGCCAAACAUCAAGAGCUCAGAGAGAAGCAGGCACGAGAACGGUAUGAUCAGCUGUCUCCCACUAGUCUCUCAGUGCCUGACAUUGAAGAUGAUGACAUGGACCCGAACUAUGCCCGGGUGAAUCACUUUCGGGAACCACCAGUAUCCCAUGGCGGAUUCAAGCCCCCUUCCCCACAGCUGCACCCAAUAAACCCACCUCGGGAUUUGAGUCCAGAGCAGGAGAACCUGGAUGGACUGUACGCCAAGAUCAACAAGCAGCGACCUCCUGCUCCUGACAGUUCAAGACCGACCAACAUGGAACGAAUCCACCAGCUGAGGAAGGAGUAUCACCAGGCCAGGAGGGAGGGUGCCAUUCCGUCGUAUGAAGAGCACGAAGGCAGGUGGCGGCCUGGAGACUACGAGCCACCUUGGGUACAAGUUCCUGUUAAAGGACCAAAUGGUCGACCAAGAUUUGAAGAGCUGGAACCCCAGUACUCCUCCACGUUACCAAGGCAUGUUCCUGGAGACCCAGAGGAAUAUCAGCUCCGAGCUUCCUAUGGUGACCGAGAACCUCCCAGGUACCUGGGUGCCCAACGCCACGCCACAGGAUACCCACAUCGAGGGAACUAUCCACGGAAUGCUGCUGAUGCCCGCUUGGAUCCCAGGAUCCCAGAUUACCUGAGCAGCUCCAGGCUGCGGGAGGCUGUGUACAACCCACCUGCACAGUACAAGGGACCCCACAGGCAUGAUGUGCCUCCAUCCCCAACGCAGACUUUUAAGAUGCCUCGCUACCACGACCAGGGCAAGGUGGAGUACCGGGAGAGCAGCCCGGAUCGAUACAGGUACCCCUACCAGGAGAGCCGGCAUCAAGACCCCAGGCAAAAGAACGGUAUGACAGCAGCUGUCUAGCCAGGAACCGGUGAGGUGAUGCCAAGGAGUUGCUUUAUUACACAAAGGCAACACAUCAGCAGACAUGGUCCUCCACUGCUCCUCUCUCAACAGCUAGAUAACGAUCAUUUUACCUCCCCUUUAUGAAUAGUUACCUGUCCCUAAUCGAGAAUGGAAGUAAAUCAUGGAACGCCAUCCAGCCCGAGCAGGAUUUCAGAUGUUGCUACAGAGGGAAACUGACCAGGAUCAACCCUACAAUGGGGGUGCUUCUUCCAGAGUAGGGACCUGAUAAAUGCAGUCAUUGAUCCUGUUUGAGAACAUCGCCUCACAGCUAGGUUGCUGAUUCUGCAAUGAAUUGAGCCCCUAUAUAAAAUUAAAAGCAGCAUACCUUAUAAAUGUAUUAAUGAAAUGUUAUUGGGCAGGAAGUUAUUCAAAAGCUUCAGAUGAGUUUUUAAAGAGACAUUAUCUGAACUAUUGAUCCAAAUGUAAUCAUUGCAUCCAUUCCUAGGUAUUCUCCUUGUAUUCAUUUAUUAUACAUCGAGAAGGUCUGCCAUUCACAAACAGGCAAGCCUUCAACCAUUUUGUGAAGGAUUGUACAUGAUAUUACUGGUAUGAGUGCCAAGUCAAGACUCAAAUGGCCUGCAGAGUUUCAGUCAAGAGGAACUUUGCCAGGCCAUCGUGGUACAGACUUCAGAAGAAUGUCACCAACUUUGCUUGUUUACUGCUACUUUUUAAGGUAUUAACCAACAAAAAUCAUUAUGAAUGCAACAGUUUUUGACCAGUUUCUGUGAUUGGAUGAUUGGUGUGAAUGUUUAUUGUUAUCCACCUGUAUUAUAAUCUCCCAAGAAAGCUGUCUCCAUUAUCGGCAAUGCCAAGAGUUGAAAAGUCGUCUAACAUCUCCUUUGGAUGAUGUCAAUCCCCAUCUUAUUCAUCCCCAGCUAUCCAAUUUAUUACCUCUCCACAAACCGGCAAUAAUUUCCCUUUUAAUAUGUCAAAUACUUCUUUAAUAUCUGGUAGUUAGCAAGAUGUAAUUUGUGAUUUCAGACUGAAUGCUAGUUUCAAAGCCUGUUCUCCAUUCGCUAAGAGAUGCCUUUUAGUGUGUUCCAGGGAAUUAUCAGCCUCCUGUCACCACAUAAUGAUGUCAUACAGCUGGCUUAAAAUAUAUAGGACGACCAUAAAUGUCAGUUUCAGAGGGCUUUUGUAAUUAAGUUUAAUUAAAAAUGGUUUUUCCAUUUACAAUUAAAUAGAAAAUUGUAUUUCUUAGGCUUAAGAUGCAUUUUGCAAUGGUGAAAUACAUAGAGACAAAGAAUUAAACUCCCAGGUCUCUGUGUAACUCCAGGUAAUAUCAAAUAGCACAACAUGAUGCAAGAUCUGAUGACAAAAGGACUCCAGCCAUACUCUCUCCUCAGUGUUUGUGACUCGUGAAUUGUAUGCAUCGUGAGUGAGCCAUAGAAAUGAGCAAGGGCCCACAUCUAAUUGCCAAUUUGUGCUGAGUGACAAAUUUUGGCCAGGGUGGUAGUAGUUUAUCUCUGAAUGUCGAAGGGGGAACUAAACUAGUCAGCUUGCUGCUCUUAAGUUAUCCAGCUACCUUCACCUCUCACUCAUUCAUCCCCAGGGUCAUGUUGGGUGUGGGAGGAACAGAUUUGGCUUACGUUCCCCCUAGAUACACCUGCCACCACCUCCCCGGUUCAAAAUACCUGUGUCGCUCACUGCUUAGCUGUUGAGAUAAGGUUAUGGGUGCCUGUGGAAAUUACCAAGAGGAAGAGGUAGCAAGAAACUGAACACCAUAGAAGAUGGGAAAGAAAUGCUAUCUUAUCCACUGUUUCUCCCCACUCUCCCCUCUACAUGCAGUCAAUGAUUAUUGUGCUGUAAAUGACAAAAACAUCCACUUGAAAAUCUAUUCCCUCUGGGAUAUUGCACAGGUUUUCAUGACAAUUUGAUUGGCCUUUGAAUGAUGCAGCAAUGGAACAAUUUACGUUUGUGAGAAGCUUUCAGUGUGUGAUUGGUUAUCUUUUUAUGAUGACCCAUUCAGUCCUGAUUAACUAAUCCAUUACAUGUGGUUUCAGCAUUCCAGAAUCUCAUUAAUGUGGUUUUCCACCAUGAAAUCAUGACAUGAGAGAGAGCAAUAGAGAGAGAGAGAGAGAUGGCUGUAAUUGAGUUGUGGUCACCUUGAGUGGAUCUUGCAAUCGCACAAAAGCUUGUGACAUCAUGGGAACAGGAGGAGACUAGUUACACCAUGUUUGUUCCAUCAUAUCUGCAUCUUUGAUGACCGUAUACUUCUCUUAAUCUGCAGGUAGAAUUAAGUAGACUCCUUAAACUGAAGAUACUUGGGAACAUAGAGUCAUACAGCAUAGAAUCAGGCCCUUCGGCCCACUGAGUCAGUGCCAACCAUUAAGCACCCAUUUACACUAAACCUAUACCAAUUCUAUUUUAUUCUCCCCACAUUCCCAUCAACUUCUCCUAGAUUCUAUCACUCAUUAAGGGCAAUAUACAGAGGCCAAUUAACCUACCAACCUGCACGUUUUUGGGAUGUGGGAGGAAACUGGAGCACCCAGAGGAAACACAUGCAGGUCACAGUGAGAACUUGCAAACUCCAUACAGACAGUACCAGAGGUCAGGCUUGAACCCGGGUCGCUGGAGCUGUGAAGCAGCUGCUCUACUAACUAUGCCACUGUGCAGCCCCAGAGAAAAAGGAAUAGGCCAUUUAGUCCAUCAAGCACGAUCUUCUGUUCAGUUAGAUCAUAGUGAAUUUUUAUCUGAUUUCCAGCUAACGUUCUUGAAUCUCAACCCGUGAAUUUCCUUAUCAAAUAAAAAUCACUUUGGUUUUUAAAUUUUCAAUUGACCCCAGUCAUGUCAACAGCAGCAGUUCCAGAUUUCUGCUACUCUCUUUGCUAUCCAAAUGACUAUGCUCUAAUUUUGUUAUGCUCCGAUAUCCUGAACCUUUUUUAAAAAAAACAGUUCUUUUUUUCAAUCAUCUACAAAACUUCAUCACCUCUUCUAUACUCAAGGAUAUGAUUCCCUUGUUUAUGCAGACCCCUGCCCUAUACCUAGAUUAAUUUAAAACAUCGAAAUUAUUGUUUCAACCUGUUUUGGUGUUUUAUCCAUCGUAUGAGAAGUGGUCUCUGUCCCACAUGUCCACAUUGUCCAAUAUGGAUUCACCCCCACUAAUGUUGGCCUCUGCCCCAUUUCAAUCACUAACGAUUG